AGCAGCCGUAUCUGGCUCAGGAGUCCCGUCGCUCUGUGCAGCCGAGCUCCCGCUCUGCGGAGGAGUCUGCCACCAUGGUCAUCAAGACGGACCUGUGCGCCUACACCGAGUACCGCAUCUACCCAGGAAGCGGCAAGCGGUUCGUGGCGAGGGACGGCAAGGUGCACUUCUUCAUCAAUUCCAAGGUCGCCUCCCUUCACCACCAGAGGAUCAAGCCCGUGAGGCUGCGCUGGACCCAGGCGUGGCGGCGCAUGAACAAGAAGGGCAAGGUCGACGAGAACCAGAAGAAGCGCACGCGCAAGGCGCAGAAGUUCCAGAAGGCCAUCGUCGGCAUGUCCCUCGACGACAUCAAGAAGAAGAAGGCGUUGAAGCCCGAGCUUCGGCAGCAGGCGAAGGAGCAGGCCGCGAAGGAAGCAAAGGCGCGCCAGACAAAGGUGGCGAGCAAGCCGAAGGCCGUCGCCAAGGGCAAGGCGGACAACAAGGCGCCCAAGGCCAAGGACGACAUGAAGGGUGGCGCGCAGAACAAGAGCAAGGGCCCCAAGAUGCCUGGGAAGAUGUGAGUCCCCUUCUCGGAGGGCCACACGGAGCUCCGCCAUCCCCCCCCCCCGGCUCCGCCCCUCGGGCGCGGCGCGCACGCCCCCCCCGCCCCCCUCCGGCGCGGCCAGCGCCCCCCCUCCGCGGGCGCUGCCCGGCCCGCGGAAGGCCUCGUUGCCAGGCGCGGCCUUCGGAGCUCUUCCCCCCUCCACCUCACCUACCCCCCUGUGCGCGCCGACGCCGAUGUGCGCCGCCGGGGCCUCCGCGCGGAGGAGAAGGGGCAAGACGAGCGCCACGCGCGCCAGCACUUCCUCAUCCACCUCCUCCUUCCCUCAGAUCCAGGCGUGGCAGUGUCCUCGCGCCGGGCGUCUUCGCCCGCU